GUGUCACACCCCUUACAGCUGAACCUUACGGUUCACACCAAAACCAAAGAAGAAGAAGAAGAAGAAAAAUCAGGGAAGGCUGGCCUGUGGGCGGAGAGUAUGAUAAUACCCUUCAGAGGAAGUGAGCGCAGUGUAGUGGAAUGUAGCUGCCAUUAGUGGGAGUUGAGCUGAAGCUGCCCAACUGCUAGCCCUCUAAGUUGUGUUUGAGCUAGAGACACCGAAAAGAGUGAUGAAAACAUGCCUCACUUCACGGUCGUACCAGUGAAAGAUCAAGUUCAGGCUAGCUACGACAGCUUAGAGGGGAUUAACUGGGUUGAUUACAGGGAUACUGGACAGGACCCUGAUCAUCAAGAUACUGUCAGCUCUGAUGGACAUGGCAACCAUAAAGAAGACAGUCCGUUCCUUAACAGUUCUGAUGCUGCUAGCAAGAAGAAUGACUUCUAUGACAGGAACCUGGCAUUGUUUGAGGAAGAGCUGGACAUCCGGCCGAAGGUUUCCUCUCUGCUCAGCCGCUUGGUCAACUACACCAACAUCACCCAGGGCGCCAAAGAGCAUGAAGAGGAGGAGAGUGCUGAGGCGUCACGUAGGAAGACCCCCAAGUCUCCCAACAUGGGCACUCUGAUGGGAGUCUACUUACCGUGUCUCCAGAACAUCUUUGGCGUUAUUCUCUUUCUCCGACUGACAUGGAUUGUCGGGAUGGCUGGCAUCGUACAGUCCCUCUUGAUUGUCCUUAUGUGCUGUUCAUGUACUAUGCUGACAGCCAUAUCUAUGAGUGCCAUUGCUACUAAUGGAGUUGUUCCAGCUGGGGGAGCUUACUUCAUGAUCUCACGCUCACUUGGUCCUGAAUUUGGAGGAGCUGUGGGGCUGUGUUUCUACUUGGGCACUACCUUUGCUUCUGCCAUGUACAUACUGGGGGCCAUCGAAAUCUUCUUGAAAUAUCUGGUUCCCCAGGCAGCCAUCUUUCAUGACACGGAGCCCCAUAGGAGUGACAGUGCCAUGCUGAACAACAUGAGAGUUUAUGGCUCUUUAUGCCUCAGCCUUAUGGCUGUGGUCGUUUUUGUAGGAGUCAAAUAUGUCAACAAGUUGGCCUCUCUUUUUCUGGCCUGUGUCAUUAUCUCAAUUGUCGCGAUUUAUGCUGGGGCAAUCAAAUCUGUGACUCACCCACCCGAAUUCCCGAUCUGCAUGUUGGGCAACAGGACUUUGGUCAGAGAUCGCUUCGACGUCUGUGCUAAAACUAUAAUAAAGGGCAACAUCACAGUGCCCAGUCAGCUGUGGGAUAAGUUUUGCCUACCAGGGAACAUGAGCAGUGCUCAUUGCGAUGACUACUUUAUCCAGAACAAUGUGACAGAGAUACAGGGCAUCCCUGGACUUGGCAGUGGAAUUAUUAGAGACAACAUGUGGGGAAACUACCUAGAGAAAGGAGAGCUCUUGGAGAAGGCCGGGCUACAGUCUGUGAAUGCCCAUGGGGCUCUGGAGAACUUUGGCAUGUAUGUGUCAGCAGAUAUUGCUACAUCAUUCACACUUCUGGUGGGGAUCUUCUUUCCAUCUGCCACAGGUAUCAUGGCAGGCUCCAACAGAUCUGGUGAUCUCAAAGAUGCUCAGAAGUCUAUCCCUGUGGGAACUAUCUUAGCCAUUACCACCACUUCACUUGUUUAUUUUAGUUCUGUGGUCCUAUUUGGCUCAUGCAUUGAAGGAGUAGUCCUUAGGGACAAGUUUGGGGAUGCAGUUAAAAAAAAUUUGGUGGUGGGAACUCUAGCCUGGCCAUCUCCAUGGGUCAUUGUUAUUGGCUCCUUCUUCUCUACUGUUGGAGCAGGCCUGCAGUCUCUCACAGGAGCUCCGCGACUUCUACAAGCCAUUGCAAAGGACAACAUCAUUCCCUUCCUGAGGGUGUUUGGUCAUGGUAAGACAAAUGGGGAGCCUACGUGGGCACUGCUGCUGACUGGGCUUAUCGCUGAGCUGGGGAUCCUUAUUGCCUCUCUGGACAUGGUGGCUCCUAUCCUUUCCAUGUUCUUCUUGAUGUGCUAUCUCUUUGUGAACUUAGCCUGUGCAGUGCAAACUCUUUUACGCACACCAAACUGGAGGCCAAGGUUCAAAUAUUACCACUGGGCUCUGUCAUUCCUGGGCAUGAGUAUGUGUCUUGCUCUGAUGUUCAUCUCCUCCUGGUACUAUGCCAUUGUGGCCAUGGGCAUUGCUGGGAUGAUCUAUAAGUACAUUGAGUACCAGGGAGCAGAGAAGGAGUGGGGAGAUGGCAUAAGAGGACUCUCUCUUAGCGCUGCACGCUAUGCCCUACUAAGACUAGAGGCUGGACCACCACACACAAAGAACUGGAGACCUCAACUGUUGGUGCUGUUGAAACUAGAUGAGGACCUCCAUGUAAAAUAUCCCCGACUGCUCACCUUUGCCUCGCAGCUGAAAGCAGGAAAAGGCUUGACCAUUGUGGGCUCUGUUAUCCACGGUAACUUCCUGGACAGCUAUGGAGAAAUGCAGGCAGCUGAGCAGGCUAUCAAGAAUAUGAUGGAAAUUGAGCGGGUCAAAGGCUUCUGCCAGGUUGUGGUUGCAUCUAAGGUACGGGAGGGCAUUGUCCAUUUGAUCCAGUCAUGUGGUCUGGGUGGUAUGAAGCACAACACUGUCGUAAUGGGAUGGCCAUAUGGCUGGAGACAGAGUGAGGACCCUCGAGCCUGGAAGACUUUUAUAAACACGGUUCGCUGCACGACAGCUGCACAGCUGGCCCUGAUGGUGCCCAAAAAUGUGUCCUUCUAUCCAAGCAACCAUGAACGUUUCACAGAUGGCAACAUUGAUGUGUGGUGGAUUGUCCAUGAUGGGGGGAUGUUAAUGCUGCUGCCUUUCUUGCUUAAACAGCAUAAGGUCUGGAGGAAGUGCAAGAUGCGCAUCUUUACUGUAGCCCAGAUGGAUGACAAUAGCAUCCAGAUGAAGAAAGAUCUGGCUACUUUUCUUUAUCAGCUGAGAAUAGAAGCUGAGGUGGAAGUGGUGGAGAUGCAUGAUAGUGACAUUUCAGCAUACACCUAUGAACGAACAUUAAUGAUGGAGCAGAGGUCCCAAAUGCUGAGGCAAAUGAGGCUUUCCAGUGCAGAAAGACAGAGAGAGGCUCAGCUUGUUAAAGACAGACACUCCUUGGUGCGUAUGGGGAGUCUGUACUCAGAUGAGGAGGAGGAGAUUGUGGAAGCUCCUCCAGAGAAGCUUCAGAUGACAUGGACUCGAGAGAAGUGUGAGGCUGAGAGGAGGAACAAAAACAAUGCACCUGAGAACUUUAGAGAGCUCAUAAGCCUCAAACCGGAUCAGUCCAAUGUGCGGAGAAUGCAUACAGCUGUGAAGCUGAACGAAGUAAUAGUAAACAGAUCCCAUGACGCUCGAUUAGUACUGCUCAACAUGCCAGGACCACCCCGAAACACAGACGGAGAUGAGAACUACAUGGAGUUUCUGGAGGUGCUGACUGAAGGUUUGGAAAGGGUGCUUCUGGUGAGAGGUGGAGGGCGGGAAGUUAUUACUAUCUACUCAUGACUAAAUAAGAGCUGCUAUACGAGGGCACUGACCUCAUCAGAAUAAAUUCCACCUCUGCUCAAAAGGUGGCAACCAAUUUGCCUGCAGACAAUUAUGCGUAGAUGCAUAAAUUUAAUAAUUUUUUUAUGAACUUUUGAUUAUAAAAAGAGGUUCAUUCUAUUCUUGUAGAAUAUUGGGACACUUUUGAAUACAUAUCAUCCUGUUUGUUCAUUCUUUUAUAAAUGAAAGCUGUCAUUUAUGCUCUUUUUAUUUCAAAACUCGUCAGAAACAAACUUUUGGGUAUUUGUUCUUAUUUUUUAAGGUACUGAUUCUGUACCUCUUGUACAUGAUAUUAAAGCUAUAUUUGGCAAUUUGAUAGGCAGGAAUGUACUGAGUAUUACACAUUUUGUUAGAACAGUAUUAAUAGGAUGCCAGAUUAUUAUUCUGAAACAAUUCUCUGAUUAUUUUAGGGAAACACAAAUAUUUAUUUAUUUAUUUUCUAAACAUUUCCCCGAUGAGAAUAAAGAAAAUGUUACUGUGGGUAUCGAACAAAGCGAUGGAUAUUUUGUGUAUUGUACAGGUGGCUUACAAUCUAGAUUGUAAAUCUGGAUGAUGGACAUUAUAAAGCAAGAUUUUAAAAAGAGUAAGAAUUUGUAUUUUUUUAAGAUAUGAGUCAAAGUGUUCAUGAACAUGACCUUUAAACUGUUGCAUGUAUACUGAUAAGCUUACAUGUUUAUAAAAAAGAUGCUUUAAUUUAAAGUUGGAAUCCUUAUGGUUUAAUUUUUUUUUUUUUAAAUCUACUCAUAUUAUUUAUAGUUGACUUUUUCUGUAAUUGCCACUCUAAAUCCAUUUUAUAAAACAAUGGCUAUCUGUAUCAAAUCUAUACCUAUUAGUGUGGAAGUCUUCUUUUUUUGCACUGGAUUGUAAUUUUCAGACUACAUAUACACACACACUAUUUUGUAGCUUCUAAUAGUUUAUAUUACCACAGGCAUCACUAAUUCAACUAGGACUGAAACUCUACAAGGAUUACAUCUUUAAAUUAAUCUAAUCUAGAAUCUGAAUGUGUUUUUAGACUUUGUUUUGUGUAUGUUUUACCUGAGAAACUGAAGAUAAUCAGUAUUUUAGAUCAGGGUGUAGUGCCUGGAACGACUAUAUUUUUUGUGUUGACUAAAUAGUCUUUUUAAAGGCAAGGGUGUGUCUUAUGGAAAGUAUGACAAGUGUGCAACUAUUAAACACUCAAUGUCAGAACAGCA